AUGGGCCCUCAACGGGCCCAGGUGGGCCUGCGAUGUGAGGUCAGGAGAUCCCACUUCUCUGGGGCGUCCGGGUGGAACCGCACACCCCCCCCCACCCCCCUCGAUUUACCUACUUUUAAUUCCUUCUCACCAGUGGCUGACCUCCGGAAUCUCGAGACCCUGAAGGACGUGCAGACCUACUAUGGGCAGGUGCUGAGCAAAACGGUGGACCUCAAGACCAACGCCUGUGUCACAGCAGCAAGGCCCGUUCCCAAGCAUAUCCGGGAAGCCCUGCAGAAUGUCCACGAGGAGGUGGCCUUGAGGUAUUAUGGCUGUGGGCUGGUUAUUCCCGAGUGUCUGGAAAACUGCUGGAUUUUAGACCUGGGAAGUGGAAGUGGCAGAGAUUGCUAUGCACUUAGUCAGCUGGUCGGAGAGAAGGGACACGUCACUGGCAUAGACAUGACAGAAAGUCAGGUAGAAGUGGCAAAAAAACACAUUGUCUAUCACAUGGAAAAGUAUGGCUUCCAGGCACCUAAUGUGACUUUUAUUCAUGGCUACAUAGAGAAGCUUGGAGAGGCUGGAAUCAAGAAUGAGAGUUACGAUAUUGUCAUAUCAAAUUGUGUUAUUAAUCUUGUACCUGAUAAGCAAAGAGUGCUGCAGGAGGCUUAUCGAGUGCUAAAGCAUGGUGGAGAGCUUUAUUUCAGUGAUGUCUAUGCCAGCUUUGAAAUGACAGAAGAAAUCAGGACACACAAAGUUUUAUGGGGUGAAUGCCUUGGUGGUGCUUUGUACUGGAAGGAUCUUGCCAUUCUUGCUCAAAAAAUUGGGUUCUGCCCUCCACGUUUGGUCACUGCCAACCUGAUUACAAUUGAAAACAAGGAACUGGAAAGAGUUCUUGGGGACUGUCGUUUUGUUUCUGCAACAUAUCGCCUCUUCAAACUCCCUAAGACAGGACCAGCGGAAAGAUGUCAGGUUAUUUACAAAGGAGGAAUCACGGGACAUGAAAAACAACUAAUAUUUGAUGCAAAUUUCACAUUUAAGGAAGGUGAUACUGUUGACGUAGAUGGAGAAACAGCAGCUGUCUUGAAGAAUUCACGAUUUGCGCCAGCUUUCCUGAUCAGAACAAUUGGAGAGGGCCUGCCACCAUCUGGAAAUUGUUCUGCUUUCAAAUCUAAGAAUAUCAUCACAGAUCCAUUCCAGCUUGCAGAAGAGCCUAAUAAUACCCGGUCCAGAUGUUCCCCUGGUAAUGCUGGAGGCUGCUGUGCUACAAUGAAAACCUGCUAA